AUGAAGGUCAUCACUUGUGAAAUAGCGUGGCAUAAUAAGGAGCCUGUUUACAGCUUAGACUUCCAACGUGGAGCUGAUGGGAAGAUCAAUCGACUGGCCUCAGCAGGUGUGGACACAGCCGUUCGUAUAUGGAAAGUGGAAAAAGGACCAGAUGGAAAAGCAAUUGUGGAAUUCUUGUCCAACCUCGCCCGCCAUACCAAAGCAGUAAAUGUUGUGCGCUUCUCUCCAAGCGGUGAGAUCCUAGCAUCUGGAGGAGAUGAUGCUGUUAUUUUAUUGUGGAAGUUGAAUGAUAGCAAAGAAUCGGAACCAUUAGUUUUUCAGGAUGAAGAUGAAGCUCAGCUCAACAAGGAGAACUGGACAGUUGUUAAAACUUUAAGGGGCCACUUAGAAGAUGUGUAUGAUAUUUGUUGGACCUCAGAUGGAAAUUACAUGGCAUCUGCUUCUGUAGAUAACACAGCUAUAAUGUGGGAUGUCAAUAAAGGACAGAAGGUUUCAAUAUUAAAUGAACACAAGAGUUAUGUCCAAGGAGUAACCUGGGAUCCUCUAGGCCAGUACAUCGCAACUCUGAGUUGUGAUAGGGUCCUGCGGGUAUACAACACGCAAACCAAGCGUGUAGCAUUCAAUGCUACCAAGAUGCCGUCCGGAUCAGGAGCUGAAGGAGAGGCUAGGAGCUAUCGGAUGUUUCAUGAUGACAGCAUGAAGUCAUUUUUCCGCAGGCUCAGUUUUACUCCUGAUGGCUCCUAUUUACUCACGCCAGCUGGCUGUGUUGAAUCAGGAGAAAAUGUAACAAACACCACGUAUAUUUUCUCCAGAAACAACCUUAAAAGGCCUGUGGGUCACCUGCCAUGUCCUGGAAAGGCAACUCUUGCUGUUCGCUGCUGCCCAGUCUACUUUGAGUUGAGACAAGCAUUUAAUAAAGAUGAAAUCAGUCAGAAAUCAGCUCCUACUCUAUUUAAUCUUCCCUAUCGAUUGGUGUUUGCUGUUGCUUCAGAAGAUUCUGUGCUUUUUUAUGAUACUGAGCAGUCCUUCCCCUUUGGUUAUGUUUCUAACAUACAUUAUCACACCCUGAGUGACAUUUCAUGGUCCAGCGAUGGAGCCUUUCUUGCUAUUUCUUCCACGGAUGGAUACUGUUCAUUUGUUACCUUUGAGAAGGAUGAACUGGGAAUACCAUUGAAGGAGAAGCCACAGAUAAAUGUCAGGACUUCUGGUGCAACAGAGAAGAAAGUGAAAAAGAGCCAGUCGCACAAAGUCAUUUCCCCAGGCUCUCGGCUGACAGAGGGGACUCCUCCCAGCAGGGCCACUGAUCCCAGCACUCCCACCCUCCAGCCUAGAACACCCACAGCUGCCGGUAAGGACUUGCCUUCCACACCUGUUGGCAUAAAAAAUGUUCCAGUCUCAUCCUCAGAUGAGAGGAAGAUGAGCCAGCCAGCCAGCCAGAGCACUAAAGUAAACCAGCCCAGGAGGAUUACUCUCAACACUUUACAAGCAUGGAGCAAGACGCCAAGGAGAGUAAACUUGAUUCCACUGAAGCCAGAUAUGCCAACCUCUGCAUAUACAGAUACAGUUCCUUUACCUCCUUCCUCAGAACAGGAACAUGAGAGGCCACUACCGUCUGAUGACAGUCUUCAAAAUCCCCCAGCAUCAAAACGUCCUAGAACUGAGGAAAUGUCUCUUUCUGCAUCUGCUGAAGAUCAAAUCAGUUGCAAUUGAAACAAAUAAAGACUAAGCUUUUAGUAGACUCUUCACAGUCUGAAGGUGAUGCAGCUGUAUCUGAGAGUCCUUUUCUUUUUGCAAAUGUUAAAGCCUCAAUUCCUGAUUAAAGUACCAUAUGCAUAUUUGACGUAGUGCUGUGAAGAAGGAAGCUGGCAGUAGAAGACGCAGGUUUCAGGAAUGUAGCUUUGCAACAUAGUUGGGAAGUGACUUCUAAUUGCGUUUCUACUUCUUGAAGACAGCAUUCUUCAAGAAAUGCCACAGUUGAAGGAAAUCAGGGAAAUCUGGGUAUUGAAAAGCCAUACAGUAACUUAAGUGUCUCCAUCAAAGUCCCUAAGUUGAUGUUUAUAAAGUAUUAUGUCUUCCAGCAACCUGUCUGGCAAAAGAAUAGAAUUUUUAAGGACUUCAUCAUAAUGAUUUAAUGUGGUUUAAGACACACAAAAAAGAAAGUUUCAUUCAAGCAUUUCUUGGCUUAUAUGUUUAGCAAUGUGCAGAAUAAUUCAUGCUCUCCAGUGCAUGUGGAAUGGAAGCUGAUGUUCAGAUGCUCUGAAUGCAGCAGCAUGCAAUAUGACUGAUAUGGUUGAAACAGAAAUCAGAACUUGUAACUGCAAGAAAGCGAAAGAAAGAAACCCCCUGAAGACCUGUUAUAACAUUAAACAGCAGAAGAAAGUUCUUAAUUGUUUAGUUUCUGUAUUUUAAAAAAAUGCAGACAUGAGAUUUUCCUGAGGCAGCAGGAUUUAGUAUACAUUAGAAGUUUUCCCCUUUUCAUUUUUCCAAAUCUUAAAUAUCUUAGCCAGUAAAACAUAAUAUAAAUCCAGUGUAUAUUAAAUUUCUAAAAGUUUGUUUCUUUUUAGCAUUUAAUACUUGCUAUGUAAUUGAACUUAAGACAUGCAGAUUGAAAACAAUGAGAUGAAAAUAAUUGAAAAUCACUACACUUGAUUUUCUGUGGUGUGCAGACCUAGCCUCCAGAAGUAAAAUGCUCAGCCACAGUAUUCUGAGCUUGUCCCCUUCAUUUUCUUUAAUGUCAUGUACUUGUUUUUAAAAAGUAAGAUAAUUCUUAAAAUGUGAAUAGUCGUUCUAGCUGAUAAUGGCAUGUAGAAGUUUUAAACAGAAUUUUCUCUUAUGACUUAGCCUAUUCGUCUAUUGUUUGAAGUUCUACAACACACAGGAGGGGAAAGCUGCAAUUCACAUUAAAGCUCUUUGACUUUCAUUCUUCCCUGGAUUUGGUUGGGUUUGAGGUGUGUAAUUUACUUCAUAUUUGUUUUCUGUCAGUUUCUAAGAAAGUGGACUAAUACUUUAGAAAAGCAGAAAUACAAAUGUUUCAGAAGUGAUUCAUAAAAAUAUAAGGAGGCGAUAUUGACAAAUACCUAUGUCCGAGUGUUUCAAGCAAAUGAAGUACGUUGCCUACAAUUCAAUUUCAACAGAAAUUAAUGAGCAAAGAGUUGUAGGAAACUGACUGUGUCUUUGCUUUCAACCACUGAGAUGAGAAUGGAGCUUCAUUAGUUACCCAAACCUGGGUUUUCUUCUAGUGAGGAAUAUAAAGACUUAAUUACGAAGCAAAGCUGCAUCUAAAACUUUCUCCCAAAAGUUUAUAGAGAGAUCUAAAUUAAAGUUUGUAGAGCUAUCUGAAUUGAUAGCUAAAGCAGAUAUUUGUGACUAACACGCAUUGCUGGACUUGCUAUUUUAUGUUUUGUCCAGUUUGAGUUACAAGAAUAUUGGUAUUUCAUCUUUCUGUGGGACAGUGAUCCACUUAGUACAGUACUGCAGUGUUUUGUUUUGUGCACUGCAUAGGAUCCCUUGAAUUCAUACUUUUAAAUACUAAUUGCAAAGCUAUCCUGAUAGGUAUUCUCAAACAUCUCCUUUUUUUUUUUUUAGACAGUGUAUUUCAAUGUAAACUACUCUGGAAAAAUAGUAGGUUAGGUAUAUUAUUUUAGUGUUAAUUGGCAUACCUGGUCUAUGUGGUCUUCAGAUGCAAUUAAUUGCCAGAGUAUUCGUCUUUAUUUCAUACCAUAACCAUUCAGGUGACAUCCACAUUUGUUUAUAAGGUCGCUUAGCUUAUUUUCGCUCUGCCUUGCAAUCUAAUUGGAGCCGUAAGCUUAAUGUGGCUUCCAUUGCUUCCGUCUGGAACUUACUUCCUCAUCAUGAUAUCUGUCAGAAUGCUCUACCUGGUAUUUAAUCUUCCCUGAUAGGGCUUUUUCUUUCCUUUAGUUCUAGUUGUCUCUUGCCACUAUGAUUUCCUACUUCUCUGUUUAUUCUGUCACUUACUACCUUGUUGUCAAAUUUAUACGGCACUAGGUUUUUAACCUUUUUCUAUAAAUGGAUGCCAUCGUUCAUAUAAUAAAUUACUAUCUUUAACACUG